AUGCUUGACAUUAUUUACCAAGACCAAAAUCUGUUAGUAAUUAACAAACCGAAUAAUUUAGCGGUGCAAAAAACUAAGGAUUAUACAGAAAGUUUAGAAGCAAUUUUAAGCCAAUAUGAGCCGCUGCUUGCUUCGGUUCCCCGCGGGGGAAUAGUUCACCGGCUCGACCGACAAACUACCGGUUUGCUCUUAGUAGCCAAAAACCAAGCAAGUUUUCAUUACUUAACUGCUCUUUUCAAGGAUAGAAAAAUCCAAAAAACUUAUUUAGCGUUAGUCGAAGGAGUUUUAGCCAGCGAAAGCGGAGAAAUUACUUUUUAUGUCCAAAAAAAAUUUCCGACCAAGGGAAAAAUGAGAAUGACUUUAAAUUCUCAGCAAGGCAAAUUAGUGCGAAUUUCUUUUCAAGUAAUCGAAAAAUUAAAUAACUAUACUUUUUUGAAAAUUUUUCCUCUGACUGGUCGAACUCACCAAAUUCGGGUGGCUUGCCAAAAGAUUAAUCACCCCAUUUAUAAUGACCCACUUUACGGUUCGGUUGGUGUUAAUCCGGAAAUUGGUCAAUUUUUACACGCUUAUAGUUUAGAAUUUUCUGGUUCAAAAAAAGAAAAAUUCCUUUUUCAAGCACCAUUGCCUGACUUUUUUCAAAAAAAACUGCAAGAGUUAGGUAAUUGUCAGCGACCUAUUCCGGUAGGCCAAGAAAUCCAAAUGACCGGCGGCUGA